AUGCUCCUUCAAAAACUGUCUCUCAUCCUCUCCCUCCCCCUCCUCGCCCUCUCCGCCCGCCCAAAGAACGCAAUCCUCCUCUCCGAAGUCCGCUCUCUCACCCUCCGCGGCAACGGCGCAAAAACAACCUCCCGCCGCGUCGCCCCGAUCCCUCAGCUCAAAUGCGUCUCCUCAAAGGCCGUCUGCGACCUCUUCCCCAUCGACGUCAUGCGCUGCACAAACCAGGGCUCCUCCUACGGCUCUGAAGACAUCGAAUGGAGCUGCACCGCUUCUCUACCGGAAGAGUUCAAGCUUGGCAGCACAGAGGUCAUCUGCGAGGGAUACUCUUCCCCCGAUGACCCCUAUGUUCUCAAGGGUAGCUGUGGCGUCGAGUACAGGCUCUUACUCACCGAUAAAGGCGAGCAGCGGUAUCCCGACGUUGCGAACAGUGGCCGCUGGUUCAGCAAUGGAGAAGGAGGCACGGAUUGGGGCGGCUGGCUUUUUGCAUUCAUCUUCCUCACAGUCCUCGGGUGGAUUCUCUUUUCAGCAUGGCGCAACGGCACCAACGGACAGAACAGAGUCCCUGGUAGAGGAGGUAACGGAGGAGGAUGGGGAGGCGGCGGCGGCGGCGGUUGGGGACCGGGUUGGGGACCUGGAAACGACCCUCCCCCGCCUUAUCCCGGAACGAAACCCGAUCAAGGGCAGCAAGGAUGGAGGCCUGGAUUCUGGACGGGGCUGGCUGGAGGAGCAGCCGCUGCAUAUCUAGCAGGGAAUCGAAACAAUCGGCGGGAAGAACGGUAUCCGUCACAAGGAUGGGGAGCUGGACCCUCUUCGCGAUCCUUUGCGUCUGGUUCGGGCUCAAGUUCCGCUUCCAACUCGCCGCGGUACGAAAGCACGGGGUUUGGGUCAACACGACGCAGAUAA